AUGGGCGGCCCCGAGGGCGUGCGCUCCCCGGAGGAGGGCGUCCAGCGCAUGCGGCGCCUGGCCGCCACCGGGCACCUGUGGUCGCAGGACGUGAGCCUCCGCGUGGCGGCCGAGGGCAUUCAGCUUCUCGACCAGGACACCAAGGAGGAGCUGGAGAACUUCCCCACCCGGACGAUCCAGCGCUGCCUGGCGAUGGCCGGCAUGUCGUCGGAAGACCCCAUCUUGUCGCUCAUCUGCCACGAUCCCUCAGAGCCGUGUGCCGAGCUCUACCUGUUCCAGUGCGGGCGCGUGCAGGGCAUGGCCAUACAGAAGCACGUGGACCACGUGUUGUCUGGGUCCCCGCGCUCUCCAGUGAACAAGCCCAGGGAUCCGCACGGAGAACCGGAAAUGUCCCAAAAGCAGACCCCCCCCGCUCCGACGAUGAUGACGAGUGAGCCAGCCCCCCGGCCGCCGCCCACGCUCACCCAGGUGGACUCGCGCAGCAAGGUGGCCAUCUGGAACAUGUUCCCGAAUGAUCAAGGAGACAGGGACAGUCUGGAUCUUGAGCAAGAGCUGGAGGACGUGCCGGAGUUUAGGCAAAAACGUGUGCAGCGAGAUACGGAGAUCCUGAACCACCUCUUCGACGAGAUCGAGGGCUUCGUAGCGAAGCUGCAGAAGGCGGCGCAGGCGUUCAACGAGCUGGGCAAACGCAAGAAGCAGAAGCGCAGCAAGAAGAAGAAGAACGGAGACGGAAUCCUGACGCUGCGCUCCAAGCCCCCUCCGCCCGAAGAGUUUGUUGACAUUUUGCAGAAGUUCAAGUACGGGUUCAACCUGCUGGCCCGACUGAAGGGAAUCAUUGAUAAUCCAAGCGCAGAGGAGAUGAUAACCAGCCUCUUCCCACCACUGCAGAUGAUACUGCACGCGUGCGGCGGCCUGGAUAUGGUUCGCUGCGUGGCGAGUCCUCUGCUCACGCGCCAGGCCAUCGACAUCCUCAACACGAGCACCAACCCCGAGCAGCGCAAGCUGUGGCUCUCGCUGGGAAACGCCUGGAGCGUCACCAGGGCAGAGUGGCCGGCAGACAAGCCCCUGCCGUCCUACAUCCCACGCUUCCCCAACUGGGAGCCGGAGCGUUUCAAUGUCCCUCCUAUUGCCCACGCGCACGACUCUCCCGACGCCGCCCCCAUGCCCUCCUCGCCGCGCAGGAUCGCUCCGGAGACCCAACUCCCCAUCACGGAACGUGAAAAUGUUCAGACUCCUCCGGGCUUCAGAGAUGACGAUGCUCACAGCAAGAGGAUGGCCAGGGCUUCGUACACGUUCACUGCACGCAACAAGAACGAGAUCUCGGUGGAGAAGGACGACAUCCUGGAGGUGCUGAACGACACCCGCCAGUGGUGGAAGGUGCGCAACCAGAGCGGAGAGCUGGGCCACGUGCCCUCCAACAUCAUGCUGCCGCUGGAGCAGGCGCCGGGCGGCGCACCCAGCCCGCUCGGGGCCUUCACGCACCAGCAGCAGCACCAGCAGCAGCACCAGCAGCAGCACCAGCAGCUUCACCAGCAGCUGCACCAGCAGCAGCAGCUGCGAGCUCAUCUCCCUCACGACGAGCCGGCAAACUUCGCCGAUUUCUACGGCGCCCGCCAGCAGCCGUGGUAUGCGGCCUCGCGGAACGAGGUGGUGCGGCCGCAGGCCAUGUACCCAGCCGGGUUCGCCAAUGGCAUGGACGUGGGGCCGCAUCAUCAUCAUCAUCAGCAGCAGCAGCAUCAUCAGCCGUUUGGGUUUGGCGGUGCUCCUCCCGGGCAGCCCCUGCUGCCGCCCUCCGACUACAGCUCGCCCACGGUGUACGAACCCGUGCUACCCCACGUGCAGCACGGAGCCCGGGCACCGCUGCACACGACCUACGCACCCAGCGCCAUGGCAAGUGGCUACCCUGCCUCUCGCGCCUCUCUCUGCGUCCGUCUUGCUUCUGUCCAUCUCUCCUUCCCCCCAUCCUCCUCCUCCCUUCUCUCUGUCUUUACUCUCUCGCUUCCUCAGCCAGGGGUCGGCAAACUGCAGCUCCGGAGCCGCACGCAGCUCUGGAAGGAUUGCUUCGGCCUGGCGUCUGCUCCGUCGAGGGGCUUCAUGCCGCACUCCUUCCCACGAGGGCCAGCACCACCACCACCGUCCUUCUCGCCAGCGCUCUCCACCCCCAACGGCGUGGGCCUUCGGGAAGACGAGGGCCACGGGAACUCCUCCACCCUCGCCUCCUCCACCUCUGCCACGUCCUCCUCCUCUGCCAACCAAGCGCCGAAGGAACACUCGCAAAUGGAGAUCAUGCAGAGCGAGCUGGUGUCGCGUCUCACCCUGGGGCGGAGCGCCACCACUGUGCGGCCCCGCGUGCGCCCCACCACCGUCGAGCAGCAGCUGAGCAUCACCAACGAGUCGCGGCCGCGCGACGUGCACAACUUCCUCCAGGCCAAGGGCUUCUCCGAGCUCACGGUGGAGACGCUCGGGGUGCUGUCGGGUGAGCAGCUGUUCGCGCUCACCAAGGAUGAGAUCCGCAUGGUGUGCGACAAGGACGCCUCCCGCGUCUACAGCCAGAUCACCAUCCAGAAGUCCCUGGUGAACGAGAAGGAGUCGGAGCUGGCCGCUAUCAUGAAGCGGCAACAGGAGAGGCUCAAUGAUCCGUGAGGAGCGGCUGGACACGCCGCGGCCGAUCUCGCGAUGCCGGGGAAUGAAGAACGAGCAAGAGGGGCCCGUGAGCCGCACGUGGCCAUACGUUGGCCUGCAAUUCGUGGAAGGGCCACGCGAACAUUCGGUGCCAUGGUGCUGGGGUCAACGCGAGAGAGAUGGGAUUUAGUGUUAGGGGGAACGAGCCAGUGUUUAACGUCGGCCCGGAACGGUACGGUACGCUGUUUUAAUUCGGUCACGCCACAUCCAUCUCGCUUCAGCUCGUCCUAAGCCUGUUUGUAGAAUUGUAGGAAUAUUUGGUACGAUAACAUAGGGCUCUGAAGGAGAGGCGCACCUUCUACUCUCGUAAUAGUGCCUUACGCCAACAACCCCUGUUGUCAUGGCAACCUUGCAGCGUUCCGGAUAUUGCAGAUUGAUAAACUAAGGCGGUCUGGGUUGAGUUAUGGUGGUUGGAGGGGUUGCUGUGGGCUGCAUGGUGUGUUUUGCAAUAGGGCUUGGUAUAGCGAUGUUUUGCUUUGCCACGCUUCAUCACUUUAGCCUCCGAUCAUAGUAGCGCCGUACAAUCUGCCUGGGGGGUGUAGCAAUUUGUCGACCAACGUCGGCUCGUAAUCACUCGGUACGGGAAGUAUUACGUGCGUAAGAAUUUGGGUUGUUCGAGUGAUAUACUUCCUAUGGUAUGCCUGGGUCGCCCUUGCAACAACAACACACAAAUAAUACUUGAAGUCUUGCUGGGUUUGUCACUGCUAGAUGAAGGCCUUCCCAGGUUGUGUCAUUCGUGGAAAUGGGGGGGGGGGGGUUGAUCAUACUUCAUGCUGGUCAAGUGUGGGUUGGCGAAGGGUGACGUGGGACUGCUGCGGAUGGUCACUCAUCGAUGUUAGCCAUGGCCAGGAAUUAAUAAUGCUGUGCGCUAACCACUAUGCCACCGCUCCAACCCCCACUGAGUUCUCAUUUGGAAAAAAUAAGGUCCAUCGAUCAAUAAAUAACAUGACCCAUGCAUCAAAUUGAGGCGUUACCAUUGAUCACAAUGUUUAAAAAAAACUCAAUCGAUUGUUGACUUGAACGUAUGUAGUACAUUUAUGUUGAACGUCUUUCGCACCGCACAUAGCCAAUCGAGCUAAUCGGAGGUACCGGGAAUCGUUACACGCCUGGACCCUACACGGCACAACAGCAGCGGCACAACACAAUGCAACGCAACGCACACAGCAGCAUGCAUCAGAAGCGGGAUACGGCAAGAGCCUUGGGAGCAAGUGCAGCUGUGCUGAUGUCCAGGCCUUAAUUACAGCCACAGCGGUGCAUCGCGACUCACGUCCCCAAUGUGUGCCUACAUUCGCAUAAACCCAUUCAUAGGAGUAAGGGAUGGAUAUGCGUGGUACGCUGCGUGGUAGUGCCUUGUGCCAAUGAUUAUUACUCAAAAGCCAGCUUGUAGCAGCAUUCUGGAAAAUAUCGAGCGAGAAACUAAGCCGUGUGUGUGCUUAUAUCCGAGGUAUUGUGCCUGUACCAAUGGUUAUUCUUUGUCUCUGCACCUCGCCCGCCCCCCGCUCCCCGUGUAAUGUAAGAAGAGUUGUGUUGCGUGUAUCAGAACUGUGCUUGUAUGCGGCUUCCCUAGUACGCAUGCUUCGCAAUGCAUCGUGGUAACACUGCACGACAAGCAAGCUAACAAACCCCGUAGCGCAAUGUAGCAAUGUUUAACCGUGAUGACGCGACGUGUGAGUUGUAUGUUUCUUGCCCACUGUGCUGUGACACGGACUAAACUCUCAACGAUUUCAUUCAUGUCCACUUGUUUGCACGAUGUAUAACGAUACUCGAGUGUAUAGACGAAAACCAAACCGAUUGAGCGUAAUAGUCGGUUCUGCAAAGCGCUCGAUGCUGUGAUAAUCUUAUCUGGGUUAAGAUAACCUUAUUUGGGUUAAGAUAACCUAAUAUUGUCAAUGCUGUUAUAACCUUUUCUGGAGGAAGGGAAAAAAUAUGUAAUCAAUGCGUUUAGAACAUUGUAAAAAUAUGUCUUGCACACGUUAUUACUCCCAUUUACUUUCACGCAAUUCUAGUUGAAGUUUAGCAA